UUGACCUAUGAAGAGGUUUCGUUGUAUCUUUCGAAAACAAAACGGAAGCGGCCGCUGGUCCUUUGCGGUCCGGAAGGGGUUGGUUGUCUGGAGUUGCGUCAGCGUCUCGCAGAAUCUGACAAUCAGAAAUUUGCUAGUGCUGUGCCACAUACCACACGCCCGAAGAAAUCAAGUGAACUGGAUGGUGUACAUUACCAUUUCGUAACGAAGCAAAAGUUCCAAGAGGAUGCAAAAGUGGGUAAAUUCAUCGAAUACGGUGAAUUUCAAAAGCAUCUCUAUGGCACUUCUCUGGCAUCAAUACAAGCCGUCAUCGACAAAGCCAAAAUUUGUUUACUUACUCUUAAGGUUGAGGUAAGAUGCUUGGUUUUUAUGCGUUUUUGCAUAUAUUCAAAUGCAAAAAUGCAUAUUGGUAAGAGGCUGUAUGUGUGUGUGUGUGUUUGUACUUUUUGUCACUCACUUUCAACUCGAUAACC